AAAAAGGCAAGAUAUACGUAAAAUAUAAAAAAAAGUUACUAGUUCAGUUCCACGCCGAUUACGUCCAAUAAUAGACUAAGUUAGAUAGAAGACGACCGCGAGACGCCGGUAUGCAUGGGAAGGUAGGAAACACAUGCAAAAGAAAAUGUUGAAGGAAAAUCCGAAACGGAAAGCGAACAUAUUCUCUAUUUUAACUUAUUGGUGGUUGAAUGACUCAUUCGUGCAAGGAAAUAAGAAGAAACUUGAGGAAAGCGACAUGUUUGAACUUGAAUCAUCUAACAAAUCGGCUGAACUUUGCGAACAUUUGGAACGAAACUGGAAGAGAGAAGUAGAAAAAUCACGCGGAUCGAGAAGACCGAGUUUGUUCACUGUAAUGGCUCAGACUUAUUGGAAGAGGAUGGUGGUUUCAGGCUUUUUUCUUGUCAUCGUGGAUAGUCUUCGUACGGGACUACCAUUUCUUAUUGCAGGAUUGGUCAGCUAUUUCGAAAAUCAGGAUUCAGUUGAUGCCUGGCAAGCAUAUGCCUACGCUGCUGCAAUAAGUCUUGUCUCAAUAGUCAUAGCAUUCAUGCAUCAUACACUGUUUUACCAGCUGCAGAGACUUGGAUGGCAUAUUAGAACAUCAAUUCGCUGUAUCAUGUAUAAGAAGACCCUGUUACUAAGUCAUCAAUCACUAAAUAAAACGACAACCGGCAAAAUAGUCAAUCUCAGUUCAAAUGAUGUCGUGCGAUUUGAUUACAGUCCUCAAUUUGUUCAUUAUAUUUGGAUCGGACCAGUGCAUUGCAUUGUUAUUGGAAUGAUACUUUGGCAGGAAGUUGGGGCAGCGAUACUUACCGGUAUAGCUCUUCUUGUGUCGACAUUCUGCGUUCAGUCAUUAAUUGGUCGAAGUCACGGAAAGUUAAGAAGCGUGAUAGCUCAUCUAACAGAUGAUAGAAUCCGACUUGUGAGCGAAAUAAUAACUGGGAUGCGUGUUAUAAAAAUGUACGCCUGGGAAAAACCAUUUGCCAAACUCGUUUCUGAUGCCAGAAAGAAAGAAGUCAACAAGAUCUUCCUUUCUUCAUUUAUAAGGGCUUUCAAUAUAUGUGUUUCAUUGUGCCAAGAUAAAAUAUUAACGCUUGGAAUUUUAUUGACAUAUGUCGAGAUGGAAGGAACUCUAACCGCAUCUAAAGUUUCUACGAUCAUUGGUAUCCUCCGUUUUCAAGGUCACGUUGCGUAUAAAUUUGGAGUUGGCAUUGAACUUUUGUUUGAAACAAAAACUUCAAUCAAGAGAAUAGAGGAUUAUCUGAUGAUGGGCGAAAUCAACAGAUCAUCCAAUCGUCGUAACUCAAUUCAACAGUUGGGAAAACACGAAGAAGCGUUAAUCGAAAUCAAAAACUUUUUUGGAAAGUGGGAUGCUUCGAUACAAAAUAAUGAAGAGAAUGACAAUGCAGAAUUACUUCAUAAUACUCUAUCAGAUAUAACCGUUCGUAUAGAAGCUAAACAACUUUUUAUGGUCAUUGGACAAGUUGCUUCAGGAAAGUCAUCAUUUUUAAACUCAAUACUGGGAGAGUUGCCACCUACUAAAGGACAAGUAAAAGUACUAGGCAAGUCAGUGUACGUUGGUCAAGUACCCUGGAUAUUUUCAGGCACCAUCAGAGAAAACAUAUUAUUUGGACAACCCUAUGAUUCUAUUUGGUACAGUAAAGUGAUAGGAGCUUGCUGUUUGAAUAAGGAUUUGUCUUCGUUGGUUGAUGGCGAUUUGACUCUUGUUGGCGAGCGCGGUGUUAUUCUAAGCGGUGGACAGAAAGCAAGAGUGAACCUUGCACGCGCAGCUUAUAGAAGAGAUGCGGAUAUCUUUUUAUUGGACGAUCCCCUAAGUUCUGUUGAUGUGUCCGUUGCCAGACAUAUAUUUCAAUUCUGUAUUAUGGGAAUAUUAAAAAAUAAGCUUCGAAUACUUGUUACACAUCAAAUGCAUUUGCUGAAGAGAGCUGAUGAAAUAAUGGUCCUUUCUAAGGGUAAAGUGUCCCGAAAAGGAAAUUACAGCAAACUAGAGUCCGAAGGAUUUGAUUUUGCCCCACAUUUAGCGACGGAAGAGACGGCGUAUCGGAGCUUGCUAAACGGUGUUUUAUAUGCUUCUGCUGAUACAUUUUUGCGCUAG